UUUUCUCCUACAUCUCACACAGCUUGCCACCCCAGGAACAUUCACUAUAUUUUCACCUCUUUUAUAGCUUCGCAGCUACAUUUACCAGCCACAUUUACCUCUUGGCAAGCCUGCAGACCUGCGCGUAGCCCGAAAAGCCUCUGUUCAAGAACGUUUAUCUCGCGAACAUGGAUACGACGUGGAUGAAACGGGUUGCCACGUGGACGUUCGCAGGGCUAGGCCUGGCGCUUGCCGUCAUCUCCUGCUGCCAGAUGGCGGACAAUUAUCUCGUCAUUUCGCACCCUGACGCGUGCGUCGCGUCCUCCAACCGCACCCACUGCGCAGCGGAAUUCCGCGUGGCGCGGCGAUCCCUAGGCGUGGUCCCGCAGUCGCCAGAGCAGGUAACCGCAGCAAUGGUCGCUGGAGUCGAAGCGCAAGUCACGGCGAUUAUCGCGGCGGCCGACGAGAUUAAAGCGUCCAAUGUCCGGAACGACCAUUUCACGAACGCCAUGGCGAAAUCGUGCGCGCGGCAGGCCAACAUCGCGCUCCGGUACCUGGGGCAGGCGGCGGACGCGAUCGAGGCGGGCACGAACCAGCCCGACGUGCCGUACUGGCUCGCGGCGGCCGACACGCAGGUCGGCAACUGCGUCGACGGCUUCCAGACCUUCUCGCCCGCCGCGCAGGGCCUCCCCGCUUACAUCCAUCUCGAGUACACGGCGAAGAAAGCGGCCAGCACGCUCGACGCCCUCGUCGCCAUCACUAACGCCGCCGCGAAAGCCGCGUCGGCCGACGCAACUGAGGAGGACGUAGCGCCGGUGCGCGGACGCCGCAUGGCCGUCCGAUCAAGCGGUGCGGGAUCCGCGCGAAGCGGCGCGUUGGAGUGGCUCGAGCCCGGCUUGUACGCGCAACUGGAGGAGCUUCAGACGAGGAUGAACGCCGAGUUCGCCGCCAGUGGCGGGGAGGAUUCAGAGGGCGGUGCUCUCGCGAGGAGGCAGCUAGACGACGAUGAUGAUGAUGACGAUGACGAGGAUAAGAAGGACAAGAAGAACAAGAAUAGCAGCAGCAAAGGGAACAAGAGCAGCGGCAAGUCAAGCAAGUCAAGCAAGAAGAGUAAGUCCAGCAAGAAGGCGUCACCCAACGCCAAGCCCAUGGUUGCCAGCCCGAGACUUCGAGCCAGCGUCACCGUCGGAUCCGCCGGAUACAAGACGAUCCAAUCCGCCGUCGACGCCGCUCCCGGCGGCAAGCGCUUCGUGAUCUACAUUCCCCCGGGGACGUACAACGAGCAGAUUGUGAUCGAAACGACGUAUAUUGUUUUGAUUGGCGCGGGCGCGGAUAAGACGAUCAUCACGGGCGACGCGAGCUACGGCAGCGGGUCAGGCACGUUCGAGUCGGCUACUGUCGGCGUGGAUAGCGACAGGUUCGUCGCGUUCGGAAUCAAGUUCGUCAACACGGCCGGCCCCGAAAAUCACCAAGCCGUCGCGUUUCGCGCGACCGGCGACCAAACGGCGCUGUUCAACUGCGCGUUCGACGGAGCGCAAGAUACGCUGUAUGUGGACGCGGGGCGACAGUACUACAAAAACUGCUACAUCGGCGGCUCGAUGGACUUCAUUUUCGGUGACGCGGCGGUGGUUAUCGACAGCCCCAAGAUCCAGCUACACCCGAGCCCCUCGUUUGUGACUAUAACGGCCUCGGGCCGAGCCUCCGAUACGCCAACGGGGAUUGUGAUUCGCAAUGCUGUUGUAGGCGCGGACAGGGGGGUCACUGAGGUGUACCUUGGCCGCCCCUGGAAGAAAUGUGCCUUCACCGUUUUUAUCAACACCAACCUCCCAGCGAUGGUUGAGAAGGACGGCUGGCUGUCGUGGAACGAGGGCAGCUGCAUGUUCCUCGCUGAGGCGGGCAGCAAGGGUCCGGGCGCCGCCUCCUCGCGCGCCAGCUGGGUGGAUCCCGGGAUUAUCACUGACGUCAGCGGCUUCGAUGCCAACACCUUCACUGAGGUCAACACCUGGCUCAGAGGAGUGGGACCAUGAGCAACAGGAGCAGGAGCAGUAGCAGGAGCAGUCUACUAGGUUCGGGCUAGGCUCGAGCUAAGCUCGAACUAGGCUCGGGCUAGCAGGGGUAGGAGCAUGAGAAAGGGCAGCAGGAGCAGGCGUAAGAUACUUGCAUGUUAGCUUAGAUGCCACGAUGUUAAUAGAAGUGUUGUAUUAGGAGCUGUCUGUUAGGUAGUCUGGAUUGGUUUGUGGCGCAUUCAUGUAUCCCUUGUAAAUUUAUUAGUGGCCGGGAGCCAAAUUGUACG